GAGUCCUCGCGGUGUUUGCUGGGACAUCUGAGGGCGCCGAGUGCGGAGCGAGCAGCCCUGUGUGUCCCCGGUGUCCGCUCCGCUUCGCGGACAGAGUCGUGUCGGAGUCAGCAUGUCCGCUCCGCGUGGUGCUCGCUAAUAUCGAGGAGGUUCGAGGCCAUUCGCUGGCUGAGCUGAGCUGAGCUGCCGGGCUAAAGCUGCUAGCUGACGGCUGCUGCUCGGUUCGGUCCAGUGUGUACCGGGCGGACUGGUGCGCAGGUGGUGGCAGGCGGGGCCGGAGGAACGCGACGGAGCGGCCGAUGAGUUCAGAGCAGAGCGAAGGUCCGCCGCCGCCGCCGCCGCUGCAGGAGGAGGAGGAGGAGGAGGCAGAUCCCGGAGCGAAGGACGCGGCUCCGCUGGGGGGCGGCAUGGUGACCUCGAAGGGCACCCCACUGAACCCCAACGCCAAGGUUUGGCAGGAGAUGCCCACCAUUGCCAGUGAUGUGACCGCGAGCCCUCUGUGCCCCUCCUCUAAUGUCAGCGAGGGUUACUCGGACAUGUCGUCUCCUGGCUGUAAGGCAUUACCAUUUGGAUUCCAAGAUCAGAUUCAGAGUAGUGCCACUUCUGAAACAGCGGUCAAUGGCAUGGACCUGCUGGAGUCCGGCUUUGACCCACCGGAGUCCAACACAGCAAGCUCAGGAGAUUCUAAACCUGAAGAACCCGUUACCUCUGAAAACCUCCGCGAAUCUCUGAAGAAGGAGCUGGAGUUCUACUUCUCGAGAGAAAACCUCUCCAAGGAUCUGUACCUGAUGUCCCAGAUGGACAGUGACCAGUUUGUCCCCAUCUGGACCAUUGCGAGCAUGGAGGGCAUCAAGGUUCUGACCAGUGAUGUGGAUCUGAUCCUGGACGUGUUGCGAUCCUCACCCAUCGUCCAGGUGGAUGAGAAGGGCGAGAAAGUGCGUCCCAAUCACAAGCGCUGCAUCAUCAUCCUGCGGGAGGUUCCAGAAACCACUCCAGUAGAGGAAGUAGAGUCCCUGUUCAAGAGUGACAGUUCUCCAAAGGUGAUCAGUGUUGAGUUUGCACACAACAACAACUGGUAUGUCACCUUCCAGUCGGACACCGACGCCCAGCAGGCGUACAGAUACUUGAGAGAAGAGGUGAAGACGUUUCAGGGGAAGCCCAUCAUGGCAAGGAUCAAGGCCAUCAAUACCUUCUUUGCAAAGAACGGCUACAGAAACGUGGACAGCAGCGCAUACUCGCAGCAGACACAGAGCCAGUCGCAGUUCAGCUCGCCGCUCUAUAUGCAGCAUGUAUACCCGCAGCAGCAGUAUCCGGUCUACGGCAUCGUCCCGCCCACCUGGACCCCAUCACCGACACCAUAUUUCGAAACUCCCCUGGCUCCAUUUCCAAACAGCAACUUUGUCAAUGGAUUCAGCUCGACAGGACAUUACAAGACCGGAUCUGGUCCAGUCAACAUCAGCCGACCAUUCAACAGGAACCGCGUCCCGCUCUACUCAAGAAAGAAUGUUAUCAAUGUCUUCAGAAACCAGUUGAAGCCACAAGUGAGGAGCAGCAGCAGCAGCAGCAGCAGCGAAGCCUCUGUCCCCCUGGAGAGUCUGACUGGGCUGCGAAGCCCACAACCCUCCCUCGCCAACUCCACCGCUCAUGUGGUCCAGACUCCAGCUGAGCUCGCAGUUGCCUUCUCUCAUCUCUCCUCACUGGAGUGUGGGGAAGACGUGAGCGCAGCAGCUCGUGGAAGAAGGGGCGCGGCAUUCAGAGGAAGCCGGAGGAGACGGGAGGACGAGCGCACCGCACGACUGCCGGCUCUCACAGAGGUCAAAGUGUCUCCUCCCAAGUUUGAUCUUGCAGCCACCAAUUUCCCUCCGCUUCCUGGCUGCGUGGUCAGCACUCAAGGAGAGCCAGUUCUGGAGAACCGGAUGGCAGACGUUGUGCGUGGACUGUACCGGGAAAAGACGGAGCGCGUCAGUAAAGACGUGGGUCCAGUUUCAGUGCCCGUCACGGAGCAGGUGCCGGUUUCAGCUGUGGGUUUGAGCGAGCCGCCGCCUGCAGCAGUGCCCUCGGGACUUUCGCUUCAGGAGAAAAUUCCCGAAGGCACCAAGCCAACCGGCCGUACCCCUGCUCAGACCCUGACCAGCUCGCCGUCCCAGCCUGUGACCCAAAGACCUGCCCCGACACAGGCUGCAACGCCGGUUGUUGCCGCCGCCGCUAGCGUCCAGGAGCCUCGGAAGCUGAGCUAUGCUGAGGUCUGCCAGCGGCCGCCCUUGCCCCCUGCAGCACCCACCCCCGCGGCUGCGCCAGGUCAGCCGCUCCGGGAACUCCGUGUCAACAAGGCAGAAGACUCCGCAUCCAGCUCUGGUCCAGGUGGCAAGAUGGAGAAGAACCACGACGAAGACGGAGACGGGGGCUGGGAAUGUAAAGAGGUGCGGUCGCCCCGGGAGACAGACUCUUCCUCAUGCUGCCGCAGUAACGGUCCCCGGGCCACUGGAGGCCUCAAGUUCCUGGAGCACAGGCGUGCUCCUCUGGUCCGGCGCAGCUCACCACAGGGUUACAGACACACGGGCAAAGAGCAGAACGUCCCGCCCGCCUCGUCCAAAUAAAGACUGCAGCUGAAGAGAGAGCUCUAUAUAUUCAUGGAUACAGACAAUGAUAUGGAGAGGUGGAGGACCCCCGUCAUCUUCGCCACGUGUUUCAUGAAGGAACCUGAAAUCAUUUAAAGUGCGAUUUGCUCCUCUGUGGUGCAGCAGGCGUCCUCGCCCUCCGGCCGCUUCCAACCAAGACCCCACACUUGACUGACGUCUGUCCAUCUCGUGAUUGUUGAGCAGAACGAUUGAAGUGAUCUGGCCAUGAUCCCGUUCCUCCUGCGGACUGAAGCAUCGCGUGUGGUGCCAUGUUUUUCCACGGCUUGGUGCUGCUCCCAAUGGACCUGCCAGCUCGGUCCAAAGGUCUUCAGAGAGUUUGGCUUGUCAUCUGCUGGUGCUUGAAAACCUUGGACUGCGUGAGCGGUCUGUGCUGGCUUCACACUGAAAGGGACCCUGAGGAAUGUGCAGCUGCUGUUGGAUUCCUAGUCCACUAGAGUCAAAGAUUGUUGUUGUUGAGUGACCCAGUAGGUAGACGGCUGCGGCAGGACGUCAAGGUUCACCUGGGAGCACGGGUCCAGCUCAGUUUGUGCUAGACUUUUGGCCUUUCUUCUCAGUUUAAGCUGGAGGUUUUAAUUUUGACUGGCAAGAUUUUAAAUGUAUUUAAUUUAAUUGUCACACUGUUCGCCCAAACUUGGUUGGCUGGUUUCCCCCAAAUUUGAGUGGCUUUACACUGAUGAGAGACGAAAUGACAAGGUGGUGGAUGACGGAGCAAGACCCUCAUCCUGGAGAGCGAGCGUCGGCCCACCCCAACGAGGAUCAAUCACUGGGAUCUGUUUGCUGCCCGGGUCACAGCCACCCUGCGACCCGUUGAAGAAGAAGCAGAAGAAGAUGCACUAACUUGUUUCUGAGGAUAAUCUUACUGAAGAAGAAUGUGAAAUCAUUUUAGAAACUGCUGGUUUAUAGUGAGGGGCCUCGGGGAAUCUUUCUGACUUGUGGCUUCCUCUUGGUGGUUCGGGAUCUAGUGACUUGGUGAGUGAGACAAAUCCUAGUCCUGUGCAGGGCAUCACCAAAAAUAAAUUAUUUUGAUUUGGA